UUCCAAUGCUGACCUCCACUGCGCGUGCGCGGGAAGCACAUGGGAGAAACUUAGCACGGCGCUGGCUGGAAGAACGUCAGUCGUAUGACAGCGUUCGAACAGUCUGGUGGUGUGGCAGUGUGACCUCAUACGAGUACCAAGCGACAUCGGGACUGCCUAGGCGUGUAGUUGCAGGUCCGACUCGUCCCGACAUGUUUCUCCUAAGGUUCCUCGCACUGGCGUUGUUGGUGGUGGCGGCUGAAGUAAAAGCCGAAGCUGAAGCUGAGCCUGAAGCUGAUGCAUUCCACGGCGGCUUCCCUCCUGCCCCGGGACACGGCAGGUUCCCCGGAGGAGGUCGCAGCUCACACCCAGGCCGCGGCGGUGACAGUAACUGCGCACUAUUGCUGCCCGGCCCUGGCAAGACUUACAAGAGAGAUUUCGCCCUCGGAGUGUUCAACGGCAUUGGGUUGCCAUCUGAGCGUGAAGGCUUCACCUGCAUCAGCUUCCAGUCUGUGAACACAGCCUUCAGGGCAGCCAGGGACCGCCUGGGUCUGCCGCGCCCCAUGCGUGAUCCAGACCACAGGGACCUGGGCAACCUGGGUGCCGUUCUGGUAGAGACCUCAAGGAACCUUGCCAAGGAGUAUAACUUGCCCAAGGACGUGCUAGUGAACGGUCUGCCUCUUAUCGAUUCCUUCCGCACCAUCAUCGGGAAAGUGUGCCCAGAUUUUAUGAAGCCGACCAAGUGUGAGGUGACCAGGUAUCGUAAGUACAAUGGUCGGUGCAACAACCUGGAGAACCCUCUGUGGGGUGCCAUGAACACUGCCUUCAAGCGACGCCUUCCUCCUGCGUACGCCGACGGUAUCGACGCCCCACGUGUCGGAGUCGACGGAUACCCACUGCCGUCUCCCCGCAUAGUGUCCGCCCACCUGCACCGCGACGACGGCCCACACGACCACGCAGUGACCAUCAUGGCCGUGGCGUGGGGCCAGGCCAUUGACCACGACAUGACCCUCACUGCUGAAACCAAAGAUCCCAUCACCAAGGAGGACCCUAAGUGCUGCGAAGGCCCCGGACAUCCUGAGUGCUUCCCUAUCCACGUUCCCGACGAAGAUCCCUUCUACUCGCUCUUUGGCCAGAAUUGCAUCUCCAUGGUGCGCUCUGUGCCCGGCGUCAAGUACGGCUGCAAGCUGGGUCCUCGCUCCCAGAUCAACCAGAUUUCCUCAGUGCUGGAUGCCAACUGGGUUUACGGCAGCACCAAUGACCACGCCGACCAGAUCCGUCUGCACCGCGGCGGUCUCAUGAAGUCUCUGCCGGUGUUCAGGGAGUUCGGCAUGAAGGAUCUGCUGCCCCUCAAGCUCAAUGAACCUGACGAGGGCUGCAUCAGACCCAACAGGGACGUGUACUGUUUCGACGCGGGUGACGGCAGAGUCAAUGAACAGCUGGUGUUGGCGGUGCUGCACACACUCUUCAUGAGGGAGCACAACCGGAUCGCCAUGGGGUUGUACCGCUACAACCCACACUGGGACGACGAGAAGCUGUACCAUGAGGCGAGACACAUCUUAGCGGCCAUCACACAACACAUCACCUACAACGAGUUCCUGCCCAUGGUGCUCGGCAAGGAAGUGAUGGAGAAGUACCAUCUCAUCCUCGAGAAACACGGUUACUUCAACGGCUACGAUCCCAAGAUUGAUCCCUCCAUGUCCGACGAUUUCGUAACAUCAGCAUUCCGCUUCGGCCACUCGCUGCUGCCCGCCACCAUCGAGCGCUGGAGUCCCGGCAACAAAUACAUCAGCUCGCAGCGACUCAGCAAAAUGUUGCGUAAGCCAUACGACCUGUACAAGGCAGGAUGGUGCGACCAGUACAUCAUGGGCCUCGUAAACCAGGUGGCGCAGGCUAUGGAUGACUCAGUCACGCAGGAGGUCACUAACCAUCUGUUCGAGGAGCAUGAUAAACGCUGGGGGAUGGAUCUCGCCGCCAUCAACAUGCAGCGAGGACGUGAGCACGGUGUCAACUCCUACAAUGACUACAGGGUGUUCUGUGGCCUGCCCAGAGCGCAUGUGUUCGAGGACCUUCUAGGCACCAUGUCCAACAAGAGUGUGGCCCGCUACAAGCAUAUCUACAGACAUCCUGAUGACAUCGACCUGUGGAGCGGCGGAGUGAGCGAGCGCCCCCUGCCAGGUUCCAUGAUUGGGCCCACCUUUAGCUGCCUCAUUGGCCUUACCUUCAAGGAACUACGUUUUGGUGACAGGUUUUGGUACGAGAAUCAGGGCUUCCCCUCUCAAUUUACACCAGAUCAGCUUGAGGAGAUCAGGAAAGUGAAGCUGUCCAGGGUGAUUUGUGAUAACAGCGAUGACAUUAAAACGAUGCAGGUAUACGCCAUGGUGUUGCCGGACCACGAGAUAAAUCCCCGCGUGGCCUGCAACGCUGGAAUCCUGCCGCGGUUAGACCUCAGCAAGUGGCGAGACUCCCACGGGCCGAGUCCCAUUCCUGAUCACAUCCCAGUGGCCGUCCCCCAUAUUGAAUCCUCUGACCUUCCCAUCAAUACCAAAAAUCAUUUCCAAUUCCCAGAGGAUCACCCGAUAAGCCCGUCCCCCGCCCAGCCCCACAUUCUUGCCCCUCACCCUGAUCCCCAUAAUUUCGGCCCCAUCAAGCAGACCUCGCAGUUACAUGUCCCCGUCCCUCCCCAUGGCCUAUCCACCUCUUACGGUCCACCUUCUGACCCCUCUCCUUCCUACGGCCCCCCACUUCCCGCCCCAUCACCUUCCUACGGCCCACCACCCACUUCUAACUACGGACCACCGCCGCCCCUGCCACACCCGGAACCAAUACCUCAUCCAGAACCGGAGCCGCAUCCCCCUGCCUCGUAUGGGCCUCCCCCGGCGCCUCCCGCCUCUUACGGGCCGCCUCCUUUGCUGCCCCACCCUCACAACCAAGAUUUCCACGCGCCCGUCGAAUACUGCGAAGGAGAGUUCAAGCCCCUGCCCGUAUCCCCGCACCACUACGGACGGCGGCGGGACCCCAUCCGACAAUUCUUCGGCAUGUUCGGCUUGAAGGGAUGAGUCACCAAGCACGGAUCAUGAUGAUAUUGUAAAUUAUCCUUAUUAAUUUUAUUGUUAACGUUAUUUUUUUGGGUGACGUGCUCAUGAUAAGGUGUGUUGAGUGUAUGUCAAUCAUUUGUCUUACACGUGACACGUUUCCAUCCCGACUCCUCUUCUUUUUUUUUCUUUCCUCUGCCGCCAAAUUCGCGCAUCCAGGCUGUGUUCAUCGAUGAUGCAAGUAGGGCGUCAUUGGCCCCAUAUAUGCCAAUAUGCGCAUACAUGGGGUGGAAUAAUACUCAAUACGUAUAUUUAGAUCCUUCUUAUGACCUCUUAUCCUGUGUAUAGUCCAUAAGCCAUCAUUCGUUGAGCGCACCAGUACAUCAACACACCUGUUACCCAAAUAAGAAUCAUGUGCUUGUUACUCGCUGUACCGUGCUGUUUUACUCCUCCACCUCCACCCUCACUCUCCAAACACACACCCGUACGUGUACAGUCCCGCAAAUAUCUGUAUUUCCAUGCAUAAAGCGCUGUGAUCACGCUAAUGAGAAAGGUGCUAGCGGGGCAGGUAACGCACACCUGCUCACCCGAUACAUAUUCCCACUCCCACUCACGUCCUCCACAAGCGAUGUUGUACCGAAGUCAUUCUGAUGUAAAUAUUAUCAUGCAUAGUUGUAUAUUUUGCAAGUCACAAACUCCAAAAUUGAUUCAAGUUACCACACACGGUAUAGGAGAGGAAGCCCAUUGAAAAUAAAAUAUUUUUCCGUA